AUGAAGACAGAAACGUGGAACCUAACAACUCUAUGUGUAGUGUCCAUCAUCGUUCUUCUCACGACACAAACAGUCUCGGGUGAUUCGACGUACAGUGAAAUAAUAAAGAGCCUCGCGAAAAAGAACAUAUGGUGGACGAAACGCACGCCGGAUGCUGGAAACCUCCUGCCACACGAAUCAUCUAGAGGCUACGGUUGUGAGAUGACAACAGCUAUUUUUGAGUGCUACGUGGAGCGAUGCGUGGAAGGCUUCGUAGGGUGCGCCACCAACGCCGCCAGCAGCGAGGAGUUUGCGAGCUGCAUCAUGGUGCACCGGAUGUGGCAGUGCUACGUGGAGCGAUGCGUGGAAGGCUUCGUAGGGUGCGCCACCAACGCCGCCAGCAGCGAGGAAUUUGCGAGCUGCAUCAUGGUGCACCGGAUGUGCGGCACCAAGUGUGGCAGGAUUGAUCAUCCCGGAACGAUGACCAUCGCUGACUAA